UGUAAGUGAGACAUAUGUUUACACGACUACAGUGUUAUUGUAAUUGAAAACAUGGUUUCAUUUAAAACAUUAUUCAAACUUUUAAAACAACAAAUAUUAAUGAUUUAAUUGAUGGACAAAAAAGACAAUUACCACUGAAUGACAUUGAAAUGGAUGUCUUUAAUUAUGUGAAGCAAUACUUUACAUCUCAACCAUCGAAGAUGUCGGACAUAUCGGACAAAUAUUCGCCAAACUUUGAUGAAUUGGUGGCCAAACGUCAACAACAAAUGCAGAAGAAAGGCAUUACCGAAGAACUUCUUGCAGUUAAUAAUAUAUUUCCGAACCGAUGGGACACAAGUGGUGAGAAGUCAAACAAAUUUGUUCAAUUGACUGACCACUGGCCCGAUAAGUGGCAAAUUUGGCCACUUUAUUAUGUGAUGCGAAUAAAAUUGGUCACUAAUGGUCUGACUUCGGCUUUCAUUACUAACUGUUUUCGGCGAUCAUUUCAUUUGGCUGACGGACGGACAGCCAUUUUCAAUAGUUAUGUCCCAUCACUUUGUUUACCUAUGUUUUUCGGUCCUGUCCUACACUAUACGUUAAUUACCGAACCAAUGAUGUCAGGUGUGGACAGUUGUUCUCUAUGUAUAUCAUUAAAAGCUGGUAUUAUUCAAAGUCUGACUUCAACUCUAUAUCCAUUGAUCUAUAGCUCUAUUUCUUGUAUUUAUUUCGCCGAUUAUUUUGUCACUUAUCCGACUCCAGACUCAAUCAAUGAUAAGACUUCCAGAAGUUAUUUAUAUAAUGUUUGGUUAAAAGCUAUUAAAAGACAUCGGACUGCUAUCAUAUCAUUUGCUGUCAUUAACUUCUUUGUCGCCUUUUAUUUGACACAACGAGAACAACAAACCACUGAAUUAAUGUAUUUUACAGUUUUAAGAAAUGAACACUUGAAGAGACAAAAAUUAAAUAAUUAA